AUGAUCCUCAACGCCAAUGAGGAAUAUUGGGAUUGGCCACUACAAGAUAAUGAUGGAAUUGUUAAGGUGACAAACACUUCAGAGAAAUUCGAUGUUGCUUUAGAGGCGAAAUCUUUUCUACCGAACGAAAUACAGGUGCGCGUGAUCGGGAGUCUUUUGGAGAUACACUUUGAACACGUGCAGAAAAAGGGUGAUCCGUAUGUUUAUCGAGUGAUUACGAGAUCGUAUCGAUUACCAGCCGAUAUCGAUAUUCGAACGUUGAAAAGUCAUCUGUCGAGUAAAGGAAAACUUCAUAUUUCUGCAAAAAAACUU